GCACGUACUAGCCUACGCAGCAAGCCUGUCACUCGCUACUAGUACUAGCAUCCAUGGGUCGAUCAUAAACAAGAGAGUCUGACUGUCAUGUUCCGGUGUCAUUGGAGCCCCUGAACUGAACUUGACAUUUGAGCAUAAAUAGAUAUCAUAACUUUUUCAGUGGAGUGCUUCGGUGGGAGAGUCAUGCGUAGCUGUGUGAGGAGUUCCAGGGCUCUGUCCCCUACCCUGCUCCCCCAGCUGCUGCUGUCCCAUACUGGGUGCUGGGGGACCAGCACGGGCCAUCGGGGUAUCUGGUGCUCUCCCCGGAAGCUGGCUACCCCAAGGGAGACCCAGGUCCUGCUGCCCCUGCCUAGCCAGGCCAGAGUGGUCAUCUGUGGAGGGGGCAUCGUGGGGACUUCUGUGGCUUAUCACUUAGCAAAGAUGGGCUGGACGGAGAUAGUGCUGCUGGAGCAGGGCAGACUCGGUGCUGGCACAACUCGCCUGUGUGCUGGGAUUGUCAGUGUGGCCAAAGCCAUCUCCAUCGAGUGUAAGAUGGCUGACUACUCCAACGCUCUGUAUGAAAGACUAGAGGAGGAAACUGGGGUGAAGACUGGUUACGUAAGGACUGGCUCCCUGUGUCUGGCCCAGAAUCAGGAUCGUUUCCUCUCUUUGAAGCGCUUAGCGUCCAGGCUUAAGGUCAUGGGGAUCAGCUGUAACGUCAUCAAGCCCAAAGAAGUGGCUAAGCUCCACCCCUUGGUAAACAUUCAUGACCUGGUUGGAGCGCUGCAUCUUCCAGGGGACGCUGUGGUCUCACCGCCAGACGUCAAUCACGCACUCGCCGUGGCGGCCGCCGGCCACGGUGUCCAGAUCUAUGAUCGCACCAGUGUGCAGCAGGUGUUGGUGGAGAAGGGACACGUGACAUCAGUACAGACCGACAGAGGGUCCAUUGAGUGCGAGUACUUUGUUAACUGUGCAGGCCAGUGGGCCUAUGAGCUUGGCCAGGCCAGUGAGACCAAGGUGUCAGUGCCUUUGCAUGGCUGUGAGCACUUCUACCUUCUCACCAAGCCUCUCCAGGUUCCCCUGCAGCCCAGCACCCCAGUGGUGAUGGACAUGGACGGGAGGAUCUACGCUCGACCCUGGCAGGGGGGGAUACUGUCUGGGGGCUUUGAAAAGAACCCCAAACCCAUCUUCACAGAGGGCAGGAACCAGCUGGAGAUCCAGAACAUGCAGGAGGACUGGGACCACUUUGAGCCGAUGCUGAGCGCCCUGCUGAGGCGCAUGCCCGACUUGGAGUCGGUUGAGAUCCACCAGCUGGUCAACUGCCCCGAGUCGUUCACCCCAGACAUGCGGUGCCUGAUGGGUGAGACCCCCAGCUUGCACGGCUACUACGUCCUGGCUGGCAUGAACUCCUCUGGACUGGCCUUCGCCGGGGGAGCUGGGAAGUAUUUGGCGGAGUGGAUGACCUACGGCUAUCCUACAGCCAACGUCUGGCCGCUGGACAUCAAACGCUUUGGCAACCUGCAGAGCAGUCGCACCUUCCUACGUCACCGGGUCAUGGAGGUCAUGCCCCUGCUUUACGAGCUGAAGGUCCCUCGAUGGGACUUCCAGACAGGCCGGCAGCUGCGGACCAGCCCCCUGUACGACCGGCUGGACACCCAGGGCGCUCGCUGGAUGGAGAAGCACGGCUUUGAGAGGGCCAAGUACUUUGUACCUGCUGGGAAAGACCUUCUGUCCCUGGACCAGAGCAAGACCUUCUACAAGCCUGACUGGUUUGACAUUGUGGGCUCCGAAGUCAAGUGCUGCAAAGAGGCUGUGUGUGUCAUCGACAUGUCGUCCUUCACCAAGUUUGAACUCACUUCUACAGGCGACGAGGCUCUGGAGCUUCUGCAGCGCCUGUGUGCUAACGACCUGGAUGUGCCCGUGGGCCACAUCGUCCACACGGGCAUGCUGAACGAGAGGGGCGGCUACGAGAACGACUGCAGCGUGGUCCGCCUCAAGAAGAACAGUUUCUUCAUCAUCUCCCCCACAGAUCAGCAGGUUCACUGUUGGGCGUGGCUGAAGAAGCACAUGCCCAAUGACCCACAGCUCCACCUAGAGGACGUCAGCUGGAAGUACACAGCGCUAAAUCUGAUUGGGCCGAGAGCAAUGGAUGUCUUGUCUGAGUUGUCCUACGUUUCCAUGACUCCCGAUCAUUUCCCCUCUUUGUUCUGUAAGGAAAUGAGUGUUGGCUAUGCCAACGGGAUUAGAGUGAUGAGCAUGACCCACACUGGAGAGCCUGGCUUUAUGCUCUACAUACCAAUCGAGUACGCACUGCAUGUGUACAACGAGGUGAUGUCGGUGGGUCAGAAAUACGGCAUCCGCAACGCGGGCUACUACGCCCUGCGUAGCCUGCGCAUUGAGAAGUUCUUCGCCUUCUGGGGGCAGGACUUGGAUCCCUUUGCCACCCCUCUGGAGUGCGGCCGUGAGUUCAGGGUCAAGUUCGACAAGGAUAUAGACUUCAUUGGCCGAGAGGCCCUGCUAGCGCAGCGCCAGGAGGGCGUGUCUCGCCGUUUCCUCAUGCUGGUUCUGGAGGACCAUGACACGGAGCUGGACCUGUGGCCCUGGUGGGGCGAGCCCGUCUACCGCGACGGCCUGCUGGUCGGCACUACCACCAGCUCCGCCUACAGCUACACCCUGGAGCGCCACGUCUGCCUGGGCUUCGUCUCGCCGCCGCUGGGCCCCGAAGGUGCCCCGGCCGCCAUCACACCGGACUUCAUCAACCGCGGCGACUACGAGGUGGACAUCGCAGGACAGCGGUACCCGGCCAAGGCCAAGCUGUACCCCUUCAGUUCCCUGUUUGCCCAGCAGAGGCGCCGCAAGGACGAGAUGGAGCUGAGCAACUUCCAGGGGAAGUGAUGAGGGAGGUGGUGGAAUUCAUACGAAAGGUGUGUGUGUGUGGGAUGUGAGGGUUGAGAAUGUCCCCCUCUACCUCCAGUCUACUCCCUAGUGCCCCCCAGCCCAGGCAGUCCCCUGGACUUUCCUGUACCCAGUGCCAAUGUCUUUCUCCUGGCCCAGAGUUCCUUCUGUGGGGGGCAUGCACAGCCUGUCUCCAUCCCUUUCCAAUCACCCACCACAAUUCAUCUUUCUUAAAGUGCAAUAUCUGAUAGACACCAAAUGCUACAAUGUUGAGAGGCUGUCAGUUAACAGUCUUUUCUAUACCCCAUUUACAUACUCAAAUGUGAUUGGUUUACCAUCAGUGCUGCAUGACAGCUGCCCAUCGGAAAAACGAAAAACAAGCAAAAACAAACAUUCGGCAUGUCCCAGUCACUGUGGAUAUCAGCAGAAUCUGAGACACGCGUUACUAUUCUUCAGGUUUGUCAUCCCAAAGCCACCGCCUAUGAAGUAUGUUGAAGACAUGCCCCUUCUCUCCCCUCGUAACCAAUGGGCUGCUUUGUUCUCACUUGACAGCAUGGCCCGAGUGUACCUGCGCUUGUACUGUAACAAGCUUGUGACAGAACUUCUGAGUGUGUUCUUUGUUGUGUGUGAUACCUCUGUCUUACAUGUGCUGUCAUCCUGUUGGUGUUGAAGCGCCAUUUUGUCUGACAGAGAUGAGUAAAUUCAUGAGCUGUGUAAUGUGAAGUAGUUUGUCAAUUGGGAAUUAACAGCUGUUCAGUCCAUUGCUCUUAUUGGUGGAAAAUGCUGCAUCUAGUACCUUUUUGUCCAAUGGACUGACUCAUUAUUGUCCUGUCACUGGUGUGGCUGGUGUUAGUGUUUUUCUCUAGGGGUCUGUCUGGGUGUGUGGAAGGAAGUAAAAUGUAAAAUGCUUAAAUAAUGGGAUGUAUUUUUGUAUAGGCAAAGUGUACAAAACCUCCUUUUAUAUUUUACGCAAAAAUGCACAUCUUUUUGACGUGUUCCAUUUUUUAUUAGUUUUAGAUGGAACCAGGCUCAAUCGUGUACAGAACAACAUAUUCAUAGUAAUCCUUCUAUUGCCUUUCUUUUUGCUGUAUUAGUCAUUGCAUCAAGGAACCGUUUUGGAUAAUUUUGUGUCAGCAAACUGCUCAAAUUCAGAUUUUUUGGCUUUAACACAUAACACUGGGAUAGGAGUCAAAGAGAGUGGAGGUGAAAGUCAGUGAAAGCGUUUUGGUCUUUCGGGAUGAGCUCUCUGUGAGGCCCUUUCAGUAGGUAACUAGGUGGUGCAGUGUUUGGUGUGAAGAGGCCAGAGACUGUGUUUGUGUGUACGUGUUAUUAGUUUUAGUCAUGAAGCACUUUAUCAGCUGCCUUUCUGUCUGAUGUCAAUUUUUUACUGUGGCAAAGUCUGCCCAAAAAACGUAUUCAAAAGAAUAACAAAAAGGCAGUUGAAUUGAAAAUGGGUCUAGUGUUGAACAGGGUUGUUUUUGGCACAUAUACAGUUUAGGCUUCAUACAGCUUGGGGUUGUGUUUAUAUCAGCUGCCUAAAUAUUAUUUUCAAUGGUACAUAUUCAGUUAACAAAAUUGUUGUUUGAUUUUGUUUGUUUGCUUAGUCAUGUAAUCCUAUGUAUGUUAAAAACCAAAGAGCAUACAUUAUUCUAGAUGUACUACCCAGACUGUAAGAUUACUACCUAUAUACUACAUGAUAUGUACUGAUAGAAGGGAUGACACUGAGCGUGAAUGUUUUUGAACCUGGGCUAGCCGGGGAGGAUGGAGUUUAUUAUUAUUUUCAUCGUUCAAAAACACCAGGGUCUGACCAGACCAAAUCUGGACUCAGACCAGUGACCUGGAUCCAAACACACAAAAAGCAUGUAGAGAAUACAGACAGUAUCUGCACUGCCUAGUCUGACCCCAGUAAAGUUUGUAUUGGGGGGGCUUUCCUAUAGGCUUGUGCAUGGCUGCUUAAUGCUAUUGUGUGACGACAUAGCAUAGUAUAUCUUAUCAGUUUUGAAUGUUUACUACACCUGUUUUAAGUUUUUUGAAAAUGACCUAUGACACACUGAUGUUACGGAUGGUCCCCCACACUGUAGUUUGAAGCACUGUUGUUGCAGCCAUUUGGUAAAGUGUUGCGAUGAUGAACUACAUUUAAAAUAGCUUCCUACUUUACUUCUGGCUGGAUUUUAUAAAAGCAUUAAACUUAUCAGCCCAUUAGUUUCACCAGAAAAAUGAUAUUGACAGAAAUGUGCCUUCAACUUUGAGUAAGAUACCCCAGCAGAAAAUGUACUAAAACAAUCUUCCUAGCGAAUUUGUAUCUGCACUGAAGUGUGAGGGAUGUUUUGUGUACAAUCUUCUUUAACCAAUUUGUUAACCAAUCCCCUUAGAAGUGAUUUUCCUGUGUCUGUCUGUUGAACCAACCUUGAGGCAGUGGCAUCCGUAAAGGUGCAUUAGACUCUAAACAAGUUAUAUCCUGCUGUUCACCUUGUAUUUAUAUCAUAUUGUACAGGUGUUGGCUGUGUAUACGUAUUUUACUAUAAAGAAUUUGAAUUGUAAUAGACAAA